AUGUCUAGCGGAACCAAGAGAACUACGGCGACCAAACAUGCGGCGGCGCCCGCGGCCUCAACGGGUCCGACACGCACCACAGCUUCCACGAACACCCCGGCGCGCACCACAGCUUCCACGAACACCCCGGCGCGCACCACUGCUUCUACGAACACCCCGGCGCGCACCACUGCUUCCACCUCGAGCGCCUCGGCACGCGCAUCUACCGCCACGAACACUUCGGCACAAACAUCCAAUUCAACAAACGCUCCGGCACGCACCUCGGCGGCGGCCGCUUCGGCGAACGCUUCCGAUUCGGGCCCCCCCAGAACCGUUAACAUGUCCGGUCCUGACCCAGACGCAGCAGACGAGGCGAGGAAGGAGGUGCUCAUGAUGGAGCACUGGCUGAAGGAGCUGCCGUCCGCCGACAGGAAGUACAACUACCUCAUCGCCUUCGACCCGGCCACGGCGUCGGUCAAGCCGCUCAUCGAGAAGGCUCUCAACACCACCCUGAAGCUGAGCAGCGCCACGCGGAUACCCGGCAUGUGGGAGCCCGACACGGAGCACGACACGCUCGGCACGGUGCAGGUCUGCGCCAUGGAGGGCAGCGACAUGGACGCGCUCGAGGACAAGGGCUUCCACUUCAAGCGCAUCCUGAUCGAGGUCGGCCCCAAGGAGCGCGUCGCCCACAUGCCCGAGGUGCCCGCCGCCAAGAAGGCCGCUUCCACCACUCCGGCCGCCGCCGCCGCCGCCACCAGCACCCCUGCUCCUACAAAGGCGACUCCUGGAAAGGCGGCUCCCGCAAAGACUACCGCCAACUCCACCACCAACAGCACCGCCAGCAACAACAGCAACAAUGCUACGAAGGCGGCUGUGACAAAGAGCACCGCGUCUACGAGCGGCGGAGCUGCCAAGAAGACGAACGGCACUGCCACGGGGAACGCUACGAGAAAUAAUGGUACUGGUACUGGUAAUGGUAAUGGUAAUGGUACCGGAAACGGGACGCGGUAA